CUCCCCGCGGUCCCACAGCAUCCUCUGGCCGACGUCUUGAAGGCUCCGGCUUGGGCGGACGGAGCCUCGUGCGCAGGCGCGGAGUUAGACCUCGCUGUAGCCCCCAUCGCCUCGGGGAGUCUCAUCCACAGUGGGUCCGCUGGCCCGUAGGGGCGCUUUCCCUCCUCUACCCUCCCGGGUUCUCCGCGCGCCCUACGCGCCCCAAUGGCGGAGCUGCGGCCUAGCGUCGCCCCCGGUCCCGCCGCGCCCCCGGCCUCUGGCCCUAGUGCCCCUCCGGCCUUUGCUUCACUCUUUCCCCCGGGACUGCACGCCAUCUACGGAGAGUGUCGCCGCCUCUACCCUGACCAGCCGAACCCGCUCCAGGUUACCGCUAUCGUCAAGUACUGGUUGGGUGGUCCGGACCCCUUGGACUAUGUUAGCAUGUACAGGAACAUGGGGAGUCCUUCUGCCAACAUCCCUGAGCACUGGCACUACAUCAGCUUUGGCCUGAGUGAUCUCUAUGGUGACAACAGAGUCCAUGAGUUUACAGGAACAGACGGACCAAGUGGAUUUGGCUUUGAGUUGACAUUUCGUCUGAAGAGAGAAACUGGGGAGUCUGCCCCACCAACAUGGCCAGCAGAGCUGAUGCAGGGCCUAGCCCGAUAUGUCUUCCAGUCAGAGAACACCUUCUGUAGCGGGGACCACGUGUCUUGGCACAGCCCUUUGGAUAACAGUGAAUCAAGAAUUCAGCACAUGCUGCUGACAGAGGACCCACAGAUGCAGCCUGUGCGGACACCCUUUGGGGUAGUGACUUUCCUCCAGAUUGUUGGUGUCUGCACUGAGGAGUUACACUCAGCCCAGCAGUGGAACGGGCAGGGCAUCCUGGAACUGCUACGGACAGUACCCAUUGCUGGCGGUCCCUGGCUGAUAACUGACAUGCGGCGGGGAGAAACCAUAUUUGAGAUCGAUCCGCACCUGCAAGAGAGAGUUGACAAAGGCAUUGAGACAGACGGUUCUAACCUGAGCGGCGUCAGUGCCAAGUGUGCCUGGGAUGACCUCAGCCGGCCUCCGGAGGACGAAGAGGAUAGCCGGAGCAUCUGCCUCGGCACACAGCCUCGGAGGCUGUCUGGCAAAGACACAGAGCAGAUCCGGGAGACCCUGAGGCGGGGACUGGAGAUUAACAGCAAACCUGUCCUUCCACCAAUCAAUUCCCAGCGACAGAACGGCCUCACCCACGACAGGGCUCCGAGCCGCAAGGACAGCUUGGGCAGCGACAGCUCCACAGCCAUCAUCCCCCACGAGCUGAUCCGCACACGGCAGCUCGAGAGCGUGCAUCUAAAAUUUAACCAGGAGUCUGGAGCCCUCAUCCCUCUCUGCCUAAGGGGCAGACUCCUGCAUGGCCGGCACUUCACCUACAAGAGUAUCACAGGCGACAUGGCCAUCACGUUUGUGUCCACAGGAGUGGAAGGUGCCUUUGCCACUGAGGAACACCCAUAUGCAGCUCAUGGACCCUGGUUACAAAUUCUGUUGACAGAAGAGUUUGUGGAGAAGAUGUUGGAGGACUUAGAAGGUCUAACGUCUCCAGAGGAAUUUAAACUUCCCAAAGAGUACAGCUGGCCUGAGAAGAAACUCAAAGUGUCCAUUCUCCCCGACGUGGUGUUCGACAGUCCGCUGCACUAGCCUGGGCUGGGCCCUGCAGGGGCCAAGAGGAGCCCAACUGCUCCUGGUGACUUCCAGUGUGACAGCUUGUAAAGGAGACACCCAUGAAUAAAAGGGCAAGUGUGGGGAUGACUGCAGAGUGCCACACCCAUCCCAGGCCCCACCCACCUCAGGCCCAGGGGCCUCACUCCUAGCAGCCCAGCCUGUGUGACCAGGCCCCUGUACUACACGCCAGUGAGGGGUGAGGAUGCACCUGCACACCCUCCACACCCACCCGCUGCUGCCACCGGUCUCACUGUUGUGCUCCUGGAAUGAGACAGCCUUGCCAGACAGCCUGGUGGGUAGAACAUGCAUGAGGACGCACUGCCUGGUCAACCCCAGCCAGCUUUUCCUCAGUCAGGCUGCUCCACCCUGCGGAACGAUUGUUCUUUUUCUUGUGGAAACCGGAUGGUAUUUUUUAUUGCUCAGCAAAGAUGGUGCAGAAGCCAUGUACAUAGUGAUUUUUAAAUAGGACUCAUUCCUAAGAUGAACUUUAUUGUCCCUUUAGACAAGGGUCUGGGGGCUUCCCCCCCCCCCAGAUCCCACAUACCCUCUUCCUGAAAAGAUGCUUGGUGCUGCCUGUCAGCUCUGGACCCUGGAGGAGGCUGGGGACAGCUGACAUACUCCAUGCAGCCCUGGGUGGAGAUUGGCUGUGGCCUGGAAGGUGUGCUAUUGCCUUCCAAGCAAAGUAAGCCUCUGCAAGCUCUGGGGACUUCAGGGACUCAAGGACACGUGGCCCUAGCUAUGUCUUCCCAACCAGGUCUCCCAAGAGCAAGAAGAGGGUAAAGCCCACUGCCUCCCCAUCCUCCUGCUCAGGGCCCCCAGCUCUUUGGUCCCCCUCCCUUGGAGUCCCAGCCCCUGGGCUGUCUAGCUUAUGAAAAACUGCAAACCAACCUCUCUCCACAGCUCUUCCUUUGGUUUUGCUGGCACUGCUCCCUGUGGCCCUUCCUCUUUCUCACAUCCAUUCUGUCCCCGUCUCCCGUCGCUGUCUCUUCCUGUAGCCUGGCCCUCUUGUGGGUGCCAUGCUGUCACCUCCAGGACUGCAGAGCUUCCUGUCUUCCAGGGAAGGCACCUCUGUGAGCUGCAGAGGAGAGAUCUCCCACUUCUGACCUGGAACUGGCAAGUGCCUUUCCUGCAUUCUUGCCUGCCUCUAGAUCGAUGGUCUUUGUUCAUUCUUUAGAUUCAAAUGUCUCCAAAGGAAAGAUCUGUUGUCUGGCAGGAACCUUAAAAGAGCUCUGCUCUGUCUGCCUCCACCGCCUACAACGGGUGCCUCCAGGGGCCUUGAGAACUCUGGCUGGGGUCGCAAAGAAGCAGAAAUUGGCCUUUGAAGGAAUGGCUCGAUCUGGCCUCAUCCUAGAUCUAAGCUCACCUAGCACUUAGAAGCAGACCCUUCAGGAGCAUCCAAGAGGCUGGCUGCAGACCCCAACCAGCCAGAUAGAAAACCUGUCUGGAGCCAACACCACACUGCCCUGGGACCUUUCCACAAGGACAUCUCCAGCCAUACCUUUAAAGCUCUUGUCUUCUGAAAGUUAUGGGCCACCGAGAUGCUAUCAGCCUUGCCUCUGUUCCUUGCCAUCACCGGUGUUGUAACAGCUCCCCCUCCCUAAUUCUCUCCGGGCUCAGGGCCCCUCUGCAUUCUCCCCUAUCUCCAUUUGUCUGGCCUGGGGGCAGGAAUGCAUGCUCUGAGCACCACAUCACAGAGUUAGUGUUGGUAUGUUAGUGCGGGAGACUCCUGGUCAACCUGCCGCCCUCCAUCUACAAGGUCUUUGCAAGACUGGUGGUUACCACCACCUGCUUGGGUGGCUCCAUUCUUGGGGAGCAGGGAAUGGCAGGUAAGCUCUAGAUGUUCACAGGCCCAGAUGUCUUUCCUGCUUCCACCCUGUCAGGAACCUCAGAAAUGUCUAAACUCCUGCUGGGACCAGACCCUGUCAUUCCUGUGCAAUGGCUCUAGGAGAGUGGCUAAUCUCAGCCUGGUCUGACCAGGCCUCCUUUCCCUGGGGCUCUGGCUUCUUCCAGAGAAAUCUCAGGGAAAGAGGUUCACCACAUCGGAUGAAGCAAGACUGCCCUUACUGUGACAUGUGAUGGGUGCUCUGUAGAGUGACCCUUCCUUCCCCUCCCUGCAGCAGCUCUGUGGGGUUAACCCAUCAUGGAGAGGGGUUCAGGAGUCUUCCUCACUGGCUCUACAGACUUCCUCAGCCUUUCCCCCACUCUUAGACCUUCCAACUCCACAGGACCAGAGAUUCUGAAAGGAAGGGGGGGACUUCGACUUCUGUAACUAAAACCCCCUGGGCCUGUGUGGGCGGCCAAGGGCGGCAGUGCCGGCCGCCAUGCUGGUGAAACACGUUCCUCCUCUUCUAAGUGUGACACUCCAGCAGGGCCUGUAGAAGCUCUGGGGAGUCUAAAAGGGCUAGGACACAUACACGCCAGACCCUGGAGCCGGGGGCUGGGUUUUGAGAUCGAGAGCUGGGAGAGAACCUGAAGAUUGGUGCCCCUAUGGGGCAGAUCAGAAAACUCCCUCAGCGGUAUUUUUUUAACCUGGUCUUCCCUCUCUGGCUUCCAUGAUCUUUGUGCCAGGCGAGGUGUCUGGGUCCCUGUUACAAGUCAGGAGCCCUGUCAGGAGACCCACUUCUUUUGUACAAAGAUCUGAAUGCUGCAAUGAACAGAUUUUUGUACAUUUUUAUAUCAGUUUUUAAUGUCAGUGGCGACUCAGUUCCUGGGGCUACAGCUGGCUCAGGAUUUUUGUAAGAAAUUUUGAGUGACUCACUUAGAUCUUGUUCCUACUUGUCCCUCUUCCUCUGUGUAAUCUAAGUGCAUUAAACAGAUCUGCAGAA